ACAUCCCGGCGACAUUCGGCCCCUGGCAGCUCCUCCCCGCAGCUGUCGGGGCCGAUUUUUUGGGAGCUGCCGCAGGAGAAAUCCGAUGCCAGGGCGGCGGCACCGCGGUGACCUGUGCCACGGCCGGGUUGGGGACAGCCGGGGACGUGUCCCGCUGCCAUCCCGGGGCUCCUGGGGGAUUUGGGAUUCGCUUCCCGGGGAUUCUGAUCCCUCCCCACCGCAGAUAAACUCUUCGGGAAGCGGCUGCUCCAGGCCGGGCGCUACAUCAUGUCCCACAAGGCCUGGAUGAAAACGGUGCCCACCGAGAACUGCGAUGUGCUCAUGACAUUCCCGGACAGCACGGAUGACCACACGCUGCUGUGGCUGCUGAACCACAUCCGCCUGGGCAUCCCCGAGCUCAUCGUGCAGGUGCGGCACCACAAGCACACGCGCGCCUACGCCUUCUUCGUCACCGCCACCUACGAGAGUUUGCUGCGCGGGGCGGACGAGAUGGGGCUGCGGAAGCCGGUGAAGGCGGAGUUCGGGGGCGGCAUGCGCAGCUUCUCCUGCGAGGAGGAUUACAUCUACGAGAACAUCGAGAACGAGCUGGGCUUCUUCAGCUCCCAGGUGGGCACGGG